AAAGGUAAGCCAGAGUAUACUAAAGAGAAUCGAAACUCAUCAUAGAUUUAGAGGAAUAAUAUAAUAAGGAAGGGUGGGUUCACGCCCCUCAGGGAAAGCUUAUUGUCCACUUUCAUGUACUUUGGCCUUUAGUAAGGGAAGAACAUAAGAAAGGAUUUUGGGGAAUAGAACCACUAUGCAAACAUUUGAUUAGGGACACAGGAGCUAGAAAUUUGUAUAUCACUGUAAAACAGGUGACAGCAGCGUGAUCUUUGCCUCCAGACUAAUCCCAAAAAUAUGCCCAAGCUAGAAAUGGGUCAAAUGGGGAAGGGGAAUGGGCCUGGAACACAAUGGCAAAUUGAGUUUUCAGAACUCCCAGGAAAAGGGGGGUACCGAUAUUUGUUGGUAUUAACUAAUACUUUUUCAGGUUGGCCAGAAGCAUUCCCUACCAGGACAGCAAAAGUUUAGGAGGUGACUAGAACAUUGAUACAUGAAAUAACACCAAGGUUUGGAGUUCCAGGUGUUAUAUCCUCUGAUAGAGGGCCACAUUUUAUUUAUGCGUAUGAGAAGUCUUUUGCAGAAAACUUUGGAAACUACAGAAACAGCGGUUCGCACUGCAGAGAAAGGAUGGACACACGCCUCUCGAGUUAAAGGACCCCUGACAGAAGAAAGAACCUGGAAAGUAACUCAAGGACCGGGGGAAUUGAAGUUGAAAUUAACACGGGAUCGGUGAUGUAACUACUUUCAGUAUUGUUCAUAUGAAUGUCCAGCAUAAAUGAAAAUCAGAAUGUUUUAAUAGUUAAGCAUGUUGAACUAAGUUGGAUAUGUAAUUCUUUUAUCUGUAUUUGAUGGUUAGGUUGUAUUGAACUGUGGUAUAAGCAUAUCCACAAAGGGAAAUUGCCAACAGGAUUGUGUAAUAAGCAUUUAAGAAUAGAAGAUAGGGAAGCCAAAGCUGAGUUGAGAAUUCUAACAGUCACUGGAAGAAUACAAAAAGUAUAGUGAAAAAUGAUGGGAGGCAUUUACUAAAGGGGUGUAUGGGAAUUUAGAGAGUCCAUCAGUGACAGGAAGAAUAGAGUGUAAAAAGAGAAAUCAAAUUUCGUGUCGUCCUGUUGCUCCUGGGAAGUGAAGGCCAAGAGUUUGGAAUACGAUAAAAAGUCAUCACCUAACGGCAAAAAUAGGAAAGGCGGGGACACUACCCUUGCUGCCGAGAAGAUAAUGAACUCGGCUGCCAGCUGCAACCUGGUAGGCCAGAGAGGCAGAGGGUGUAGAAACCUGGACCUGAUCCUCUUGCUAGGAGUGGUGACUUACUGUUCCCAACUUAGCCUGGCCAAUCCAUGUACCAAGUGCUAUGAGCGCGUGAGAACAGGACGACUGACACAAUAUGUUCUCAGUUAUCACACUCAUGUUAAUUCUGGAUGUUAUGAUAGAACAAAAUUGGAAAAAUGUGAAAUCCAAGGGCAGAAGUUAUGGGUAGCAACUAAUCUAGGGAAAGGUAGACUCGGUGUAGGCUCUGUCUCCUGCCCUAGGGGAGAACAGAGUAUCUGUUUUUCACAAACUGGUAUGUGGGGCUAUUCAGAUGGAGGGGGAGUGCAAGAUCAGUAUAAGGAGGAGUUAGUUAAGAGUGCUACUCAGGAAUUGAAAAGAAGGCAAGAGAAACAGAAAGUGGUGCAGAAAAGCAGUGAUUGGUAUGAAGAGGUAGGGCAAAAAGACAAGGGAUUACAAUUGCCAACAGUGGGGAAAAACCUGUUUGUAGACCUUGUGGAGAAGAUGGCCCGGGAAUUGGGUGUCGCGUCAUGCUGGAUGUGUGGGGGGUCUCAGGUGGUGGAGCAGUGGCCUUGGAGAGGGGAGAGUGUGAGCCCAGAAGGAUUACUGGUAUGGAACAGAACUCAUGUAACUGGAAAGAAAAAAGACCAGAAGGAUGGGUAUUAAGUCACUUAAUCAUAGGGCAGAUACGCAUAUCAAGGGACGAUGGUAAACUGGAUUUUACUGAAUACGUUGGGCAAACCCCUUGUAAGUUAGUGUUACAAGUAAAUUCAUCAAAUACCUCUAUUCCUCCCACUUGGUGGCCAGGUCCACCUAAUGGAUAUUGGUGGGAAAUGAAACAAUAUGCUGGAAGAAUCGAAGCAAAGCAAAUCCUUUUGAGGAAAUUGGGGAUUUAAGGAGAUAUUGGCAGAAUCCUGGCUCUACCGAUGUAAACGAACCAUGGAAAGCUCCUGAUGGAUUAUUUUGGAUAUGUGGGAAUAGAGCUUAUAAUGAGUUAAUGCCUAAAUGGAGAGGGUCUUGUACAAUAGGGAUAAUUCAACCAGCAUUGUUCCUUUUACCAAAGGAAAAAGGGAGUUAUCUGGGGAAACCUCUGUAUGAAACUUUAAACAGAGAGAAGAGGGGUUUAAUAAAUGUCCCCAUAGGAGGAACGCAAACUUGGAAAGAUGAUGAAUGGCCUGCGAAAAGGAUAAUUGAAUACUAUGAUCCAGCCCCCUGGGCCCAAGAGGGAAGCUGGGGAUACCGUACCCCAAUAUAUAUGCCAAACCGAAUUAUCCUGUAAUGCAAGCAGUGGUUGAAAUAAUAAGCAACCGGACAGCUGAGGCACUGAAUCUUCUAGCAAGACAAUUGUCUCAGACCAGGGCUUCAGUGUACUAAAAUCGGGUAGCCUUAGAUUAUCUCUUAGCUGAAGAAGGGGGUGUCUGUGGGAAAUUGAAUACUUCUGAGUGUUGUUUGGAAAUAGAUGGUAAUGGGGAAGCUACAAUGAAAAUAGCAGAGGAGAUAAAACGCGUUGCGCAUGUACCAGUACAGAAAUGGAACUCUAUACUUACUAGCCAUUGGUGGGAUGACUAAUUUGGGGGAGCCUGGUGGAAGAAAAUAGGGUUCAUGAUAUUAUGCGCAUUUCUGGGUUUACUGUUUGUACCAUGUAUGAUCCCGUGCUUUAUUCGGUUAAUACAUUCAGUAGUCCAAGGCAUGCAAAUCUCAGCUAUGCCUAUAGAUCCUGAAAUGGCAACAAAAGCAAUGGGGCAUCAAUUUAUGAUUUUAAAAGAUAACACCAAACUGGGCCUAGCCGCCGCUAGGCAGGUGCUGGUUAACUUUGAGGCCAAAGCACGAAUCAAUAGGAUAAAAAGAAAAGGGGGGAAUUGUGAAAAAUGCAGUUGUGAUUCGUGCUAAGAUGUUUAAUGUUUACAGGUAUAACCAAAUGAGGCACGGACUCUGAACCUGGAAAAGGGAAAGGUGGUUAAGGUCUAUGUAAAAAGUUAUGAAACUUGUUUAGGAAGUUAUAUUGAUAGAGGGAACUAACGUUUUAAGGGUUAAGCAACUAUAUAAUAAGGGCCUACUAACAAGCUAACAUUUUAAACCACACAAUUAAUAUCUAGUUUAGAGUUGUAUGUAACUAAUUGUGCUAAAAAAAAAAAAAAUAACAAGGCAGGACUUCAUUAAAUGCCGAGAUAAGAAGUUUUACAGCACCAGCUGCAGCCUUGAGGAGGCAAGAUAGCCAAGAUUUACAGCAAAAAGGAGGCACCAGUCUGGUUCCAGCCGGUUUGGUAGCUUGGAUUCCAGCCAGUUCCUUCUAAUGAGCCAAAGGUAAAACGUCCACUGUGAGGAAGCUGAAGGAGCCUUCAUCCAAAGACCCCUAAAGACCUUUCCUCAAAUUCACCAAGUGACACUGCGCAGGCGCAACAGGGGAGGGUCAAGGAGGGGAAUAAUAUGUAAAUAAUUAUCUGAGACUAAUUUUAAUAAAAAGCGGGGAAGGUCAUGAAUAUGUAUAGGCGUUCCUGGGUCAUUAUGAAUAUGUAAUACCAUACUGUAUUUAAGCACACUUCUUAUUGUUAAAAGUGUGCGUGUUGGGCGGAGAGAAUCCCCCGCGCACCCAGCGCUGUUUUGCUUAUGCUCUAAUGAACACGUGUUUAAGGAAUACAAGAAAUUGGAUUAAAUGUUGUUUAUCCAUAGAAAAAGCGUAAGUUAUUUAUUUCACUAAAUAUCAGCGAUUCACAAUUAAUUGUUAGUUUAAACCCAAGGUUACUCACUAGAACUCAGGGCCUCUGUCCCUCAGGUGUGUUGUGGCCUUUAUGUAACUGCAUUGCUUUUAAAAUGUAGCUCCACAGAAAUAAACAAGAGGCAAACAGGUCAUAAGGCUUUGGGCUCUGUCCUACGUAGUGUCUCCCUGUUUCUGUCAGAGAGAUUUCCUUGUGCACAGCAUGUAAACAUGUAAUGUGUUUGGGGAAGGUUAAUACAUGCAAAUAUAACACCAGUACAGAGAGCAUGUCAGAAGUUCUUUAUUAGCACUACGACAACUGAAGCACUAAUCUUAUUUAGAAAAUGGGUGAUCACAAGCAUUUAAACUGGAGGAAGAAGAGCGUUGUCCCUAUCUGUAUGGGGUCCUGAAGUCAACAGUUUUCUUGUAAUGCACAAGAUCAACAUUCCCGGAGCAUCCUGGGCUGUGGUGGCCUCCAUCACUGCUCACACAGUGGGCAGCUGAUCUCAGGACAGGCAGCUCGGCAGGGACCUGUGCUGCUGGGCAAGGUGUGUGGUGCUGGCCAGGUGUGCUGCACAGACACCUCUGGGGGAAACAAGGAGUGUGAGGACAUGGAAGCACCAGGUGAUUUACUUGGACACCACUGUCACUCCUUCAUCUCUAAAAUUUCAUUCAGAUUAAUGCACAGGUGCUAUGAGACUUUUUUUUUUUCUUCUUUUUUUCCCUAGAGAGCACUUGAAGUGAGGUUGUUCCUUAUGGAAUGCGAUGUCCACGUCAGCACAAUUAACUGAUCAUAAGAGUGAGACUGAUUAACCUGUUGUCACUCCUGUCUCCUAUUGCCAUGGUGUGUCCUGAGUGGUAUACAUGUCCACGUAUCUGUCUUGUGGUAACAGCUAUGUGGUUUAUAUGUAGGAUAAGGGUGUAAACAAUAAACCUUGACAUCUUCGGUUGGCUCCCGGAGGGCACGGGUGAAGCCUCACUUUGGCCCGGUAAGAAAGUUGCUCAGGCCUGGGAGAAGGCCCCAGUUUUGAUGCAUAGAUCUGCCUGCCCGCUGCUGUACCCUAACAGCUGUGCGUGUGCCUACGGAAAACAGAGGGGCUCAAGGUGUGGGGUGAGAGGCGGGAGCUCACUGGAGUCAGCUAAAGAGCCCGGCGCCAUGACCGCCCGUUCCCACCCGCCCGAACGUGAAGCCGCUCGGCCAGCAGGCCAGGCCGCCGCCGUCACCGCCCGCCCUUUAUGCGGCGGCGUUGCCAGGCGACGGGCAGAGCCACGGCGGGCGGGGCGGUGUUUGGAGCUCUGUCAGGUCCGGCCCGUGGGCUCAGGCGCUGCCAGGCGGGAUCCAGACGCCGCCGCCAUGCCGGGGAAGCGCAGUGGCCGCCGGGCGGCGAGGCGGCGCGGCGUGUUGCAGGGUGAGCGACAAAAAGCACUUUCUGCUCAUGCAGCAAGAGAGCAAGCAGCCGAAUACUCAGAUGACAAAGAGAGUGACAAAGACGGCACAUUAAACGGUGUUGGAAAAGAACGUAACGGAAGGAAUUCAGGUGCUGGAAGCACUAAGAAAUUGGUUGCUGUUGACAGUCCUCUCUCAGAUGAGUAUGCUUCGCAAAAAGCAGCAGAUUUGGAAAAAGAAGCUGCUGAUGACUCGACUUUAUCCUUCCAUGAAAAGAAGCUUCCACAAACAAUGCUUUUAGAAAGUGAAAACAUACAGGAUGACAGAGAAGAUGGUGAAGAAGAGUGUUUGGAAAGUCAAAAUGAGGAUGAUAACAGGAAAAAUAAUCAAGAGUGUUCAGCUCCUGAAGAAGCACCAUGUGGUAAUGGUGAAAGGUGAGCGACAAAAAGCACUUUCUGCUCGUGCAGCAAGAGAGCAAGCAGCCGAAUACUCAGAUGACAAAGAGAGUGACAAAGACGGCACAUUAAACGAUUUAAAAAAUGCUUUCUUUUGCCUCCCUCGCCAUGAAGCUAGCCAGACAAUAUUUGCAUUUGAAUGAGAGAACCCUAAAAAUAAAGGUAAAACCCAGCUCACUUGGACGGUGUUGCCACAAAGAUUCACGAACAGCCCGACAAUAUUUGGAAAUCUGCUUGCUAAAGAUUUUGAAUCCUGGGAAGCCUCGUCUGAUGAGAGACAGAUGCUACAAUAUCUGGAUGACAUUUUCAUCGCUACUAGAACCAAGGAGACGUGCGUGACCUGGACCAUACGGACCAGAAACACCUGCAAUGGAAUAAGGAAGCCACACGAGCCUUUCAGGAACUUAAAAAGGCUUUGAUACCAGCCCCUGCUCUAGGACUCCAAUAUGUGAGCAAACCAUUUUUCCUAUUCUUUCAUGAGAAACAGGGAAUAGCCUUGGGUAUAUUGGCAAAGGAUCUUGGCCCAUAUGGACGAGCAGUGGCCUGUUUCUCUGAACAGUUAGACGCAACUGCAAAGGGGUGGCCUGGAUGCCUGCGAGCAGUUGCUGCAGUGGUACUGAAUAUACAGGAGGCCUGGAGAUUUACCACGGGUCAGAAAAUGACUGUGCUAGUAUCCCAGACAGUGUCUCACAAGAUGGUGUAGAAAUUAUCGUCACUAACGUUGUCAACCCAGCUUCUUUCCUCAGUGGUAACUUUGGAGAACCAGUUCAUCAUGACUGCCUGAAGACCAUCGAAGCAAUAUCAUCCAGUUGACCAGAUCUAAAAGACAUUCCUAUUGAAAACUCUGACAACUGGUUUAUGGAUGGAAGCAGCUAACUGUGAGGGUUGUGCAUGUGCACAGAGCAAUUUGGAAAGAAAAGGGACUUUUGAACUCUCAAAGCAAACAUAUCAAACGUGCAGAGGAGAUGUUGAAACUAUCGGAAGUAGUUCAACUUCCUAAGAAAAUGGCAAUCAUGCAUAAUAGGGCACACCAGAAAGUGAGCUCGGAAUCAGAAAAGGCUGGCGGACAGAGAGGCAAAACAAAUGGCAAAGCAAAAGGUAAAAACAGAAAGUGCUCUAGUCCUUGGGGGACAGGUCUCUUUAAAAGGUAAGCCAGAGUAUACUAAAGAGAAUCGAAACUCAUCAUAGAUUUAGAGGAAUAAUAUAAUAAGGAAGGGUGGGUUCACGCCCCUCAGGGAAAGCUUAUUGUCCACUUUCAUGUACUUUGGCCUUUAGUAAGGGAAGAACAUAAGAAAGGAUUUUGGGGAAUAGAACCACUAUGCAAACAUUUGAUUAGGGACACAGGAGCUAGAAAUUUGUAUAUCACUGUAAAACAGGUGACAGCAGCGUGAUCUUUGCCUCCAGACUAAUCCCAAAAAUAUGCCCAAGCUAGAAAUGGGUCAAAUGGGGAAGGGGAAUGGGCCUGGAACACAAUGGCAAAUUGAGUUUUCAGAACUCCCAGGAAAAGGGGGGUACCGAUAUUUGUUGGUAUUAACUAAUACUUUUUCAGGUUGGCCAGAAGCAUUCCCUACCAGGACAGCAAAAGUUUAGGAGGUGACUAGAACAUUGAUACAUGAAAUAACACCAAGGUUUGGAGUUCCAGGUGUUAUAUCCUCUGAUAGAGGGCCACAUUUUAUUUAUGCGUAUGAGAAGUCUUUUGCAGAAAACUUUGGAAACUACAGAAACAGCGGUUCGCACUGCAGAGAAAGGAUGGACACACGCCUCUCGAGUUAAAGGACCCCUGACAGAAGAAAGAACCUGGAAAGUAACUCAAGGACCGGGGGAAUUGAAGUUGAAAUUAACACGGGAUCGGUGAUGUAACUACUAUCAGUAUUGUUCAUAUGAAUGUCCAGUAUAAAUGAAAAUCAGAAUGUUUUAAUAGUUAAGCAUGUUGAACUAAGUUGGAUAUGUAAUUCUUUUAUCUGUAUUUGAUGGUUAGGUUGUAUUGAACUGUGGUAUAAGCAUAUCCACAAAGGGAAAUUGCCAACAGGAUUGUGUAAUAAGCAUUUAAGAAUAGAAGAUAGGGAAGCCAAAGCUAAGUUGAGAAUUCUAACAGUCACUGGAAGAAUACAAAAAGUAUAGUGAAAAAUGAUGGGAGGCAUUUACUAAAGGUGUGUAUGGGAAUUUAGAGAGUCCAUCAGUGACAGGAAGAAUAGAGUGUAAAAAGAGAAAUCAAAUUUCGUGUCGUCCUGUUGCUCCUGGGAAGUGAAGGCCAAGAGUUUGGAAUACGAUAAAAAGUCAUCACCUAACGGCAAAAAUAGGAAAGGCGGGGACACUACCCUUGCUGCCGAGAAGAUAAUGAACUCGGCUGCCAGCUGCAACCUGGUAGGCCAGAGAGGCAGAGGGUGUAGAAACCUGGACCUGAUCCUCUUGCUAGGAGUGGUGACUUACUGUUCCCAACUGAGCCUGGCCAAUCCCUGUACCAAGUGCUAUGAGCGCGUGAGAAUAGGACGACUGACACAAUAUGUUCUCAGUUAUCACACUCAUGUUAAUUCUGGAUGUUAUGAUAGAACAAAAUUGGAAAAAUGUGAAAUCCAAGGGCAGAAGUUAUGGGUAGCAACUAAUCUAGGGAAAGGUAGACUCGGUGUAGGCUCUGUCUCCUGCCCUAGGGGAGAACAGAGUAUCUGUUUUUCACAAACUGGUAUGUGGGGCUAUUCAGAUGGAGGGGGAGUGCAAGAUCAGUAUAAGGAGGAGUUAGUUAAGAGUGCUACUCAGGAAUUGAAAAGAAGGCAAGAGAAACAGAAAGUGGUGCAGAAAAGCAGUGAUUGGUAUGAAGAGGUAGGGCAAAAAGACAAGGGAUUACAAUUGCCAACAGUGGGGAAAAACCUGUUUGCAGACCUUGUGGAGAAGAUGGCCCAGGAAUUGGGUGUCACGUCAUGCUGGAUGUGUGGGGGGUCUCAGGUGGUGGAGCAGUGGCCUUGGAGAGGGGAGAGUGUGAGCCCAGAAGGAUUACUGGUAUGGAACAGAACUCAUGUAACUGGAAAGAAAAAAGACCAGAAGGAUGGGUAUUAAGUCACUUAAUCAUUGGGCAGAUACGCAUAUCAAGGGACGAUGGUAAACUGGAUUUUACUGAAUACGUUGGGCAAACCCCUUGUAAGUUAGUGUUACAAGUAAAUUCAUCAAAUACCUCUAUUCCUCCCACUUGGUGGCCAGGUCCACCUAAUGGAUAUUGGUGGGAAAUGAAACAAUAUGCUGGAAGAAUCGAAGCAAAGCAAAUCCUUUUGAGGAAAUUGGGGAUUUAAGGAGAUAUUGGCAGAAUCCUGGCUCUACCGAUGUAAACGAACCAUGGAAAGCUCCUGAUGGAUUAUUUUGGAUAUGUGGGAAUAGAGCUUAUAAUGAGUUAAUGCCUAAAUGGAGAGGGUCUUGUACAAUAGGGAUAAUUCAACCAGCAUUGUUCCUUUUACCAAAGGAAAAAGGGAGUUAUCUGGGGAAACCUCUGUAUGAAACUUUAAACAGAGAGAAGAGGGGUUUAAUAAAUGUCCCCAUAGGAGGAACGCAAACUUGGAAAGAUGAUGAAUGGCCUGCGAAAAGGAUAAUUGAAUACUAUGAUCCAGCCCCCUGGGCCCAAGAGGGAAGCUGGGGAUACCGUACCCCAAUAUAUAUGCCAAACCGAAUUAUCCUGUAAUGCAAGCAGUGGUUGAAAUAAUAAGCAACCGGACAGCUGAGGCACUGAAUCUUCUAGCAAGACAAUUGUCUCAGACCAGGGCUUCAGUGUACUAAAAUCGGGUAGCCUUAGAUUAUCUCUUAGCUGAAGAAGGGGGUGUCUGUGGGAAAUUGAAUACUUCUGAGUGUUGUUUGGAAAUAGAUGGUAAUGGGGAAGCUACAAUGAAAAUAGCAGAGGAGAUAAAACGCGUUGCGCAUGUACCAGUACAGAAAUGGAACUCUAUACUUACUAGCCAUUGGUGGGAUGACUAAUUUGGGGGAGCCUGGUGGAAGAAAAUAGGGUUCAUGAUAUUAUGCGCAUUUCUGGGUUUACUGUUUGUACCAUGUAUGAUCCCGUGCUUUAUUCGGUUAAUACAUUCAGUAGUCCAAGGCAUGCAAAUCUCAGCUAUGCCUAUAGAUCCUGAAAUGGCAACAAAAGCAAUGGGGCAUCAAUUUAUGAUUUUAAAAGAUAACACCAAACUGGGCCUAGCCGCCGCUAGGCAGGUGCUGGUUAACUUUGAGGCCAAAGCACGAAUCAAUAGGAUAAAAAGAAAAGGGGGGAAUUGUGAAAAAUGCAGUUGUGAUUCGUGCUAAGAUGUUUAAUGUUUACAGGUAUAACCAAAUGAGGCACGGACUCUGAACCUGGAAAAGGGAAAGGUGGUUAAGGUCUAUGUAAAAAGUUAUGAAACUUGUUUAGAAAGUUAUAUUGAUAGAGGGAACUAACGUUUUAAGGGUUAAGCAACUAUAUAAUAAGGGCCUACUAACAAGCUAACAUUUUAAACCACACAAUUAAUAUCUAGCUUAGAGUUGUAUGUAACUAAUUGUGCUAAAAAAAAAAAAAAUAACAA